GUCGAGCCCGAUGGAACAACGUGUAUAAAAUGGCAUAGUUCUGUAUUCAAUGGCCAGGAUUUAUUUCAAUAUACCACAAUGUCUUCACAAUGUCAGACAUAUAGGAUGGCAUACAGCAUUACAAAGAUGGACUACACGACAAAUAGCCAUAGUGACUGUUUUGUCCUUUGUUGUACUAGUGAUUAUCUUUGUAAUAUUGGAAACAGUACUUCUGAGUCAGCCAGUUAUCAACAAAUCACAUCACAAGCAUGUUUUUGUAAAAAGUAAAGGACUGGGUCCUGCGGUACAUUACGGAAUUGUUAUAGACUGUGGUAGCAGCGGUAGUCGGGUGUUCCUGUAUUUCUGGCCACCGCACUCAGGAAAUACUAAAGAUCUUCUCAACAUUCAACAGUUCAUGGGUAAAGAUGGAAAGCCAGUCAUUAAGAAAAUUAAACCAGGUUUAGAUACAUUUAAAGAUAACCCUGAGGCUGCCAGUGACUAUAUCAAGCCUUUACUACAAUAUGUAUCAGGCUAUAUACCAAAGGAACAACAGAAAGAGACACUUUUGUUUAUUCUAGCAACAGCAGGCAUGCGUAUGAUCUCAGAAAUAUCACAGAAAGCCAUUUUUCAGAAUCUGUACAAAGAAAUCCCUAAGAUGUUUCCCUUUGUGAUAUCUGAGAGUAACUUAGAGGUGAUAACGGGGAAACAGGAGGGUGUGUACGCCUGGAUUGCCGUCAAUUACGUACUCCAUAAAUUUGAUCAUGGGGCAGAUGAACAUCCGCUGGUGGCUGUAGAAAUUCCUGGCAACACAAACAAAGAAAAGAAAACACACAUUCGAAGGAGAACAGUGGGCAUGCUGGAUAUGGGAGGGGGAUCCAUGCAGAUAGCAUUCGAAAUUACCUCAAAGUAUAGUAACAUUCCAAAGCAUAGAGUGGCUGAGUUUAACCUUGGAUGUCAAAAUAAUGAUAUAGAUCACACAUACAGAGUUUACGUGACAACAUUCCUGGGAUUCGGGGCAAACGAAGCCAGAGAACGGUAUGAAGAGCAGGUGCUUUUAUCCAAGGCUCACCAGAUUAACUUUGCCACAACAAAUAUAAGCAACAUACCAAUCAUACAGAGGACUCAUCCUAACAUCUCCGACCCAUGUCUGCCCGUGGGUCUCACACAGGAAGUAAAGGAUGCUCAGGGACACACCCACUUCCUGAAUGGACUAGGAGAUUAUGAAGCCUGUCGUGCAUCCCUUGUGAGACUGAUAAAUUGGAAUUCCACAGUUAAAUGUGAACAAGCUCCUUGUUCAAUGAAUGGAGUUCACCAGCCAAUCAUCUCUUUUCAUAACAGUGAAUUUUAUGCCUUUUCGGAGUUUUGGUACACAAUGGAUGAUGUGUACAGGAUAGGGGGGAUUUACAACAAUGAAAAAUUUGAUUAUGAGGCAAAGAAAUUUUGCAGCACAAGAUGGUCCACUCUUCUCUCUUGGUAUGAUGAGAAACUUUUCCCAAAGGCAGACGAGAGCAGAUUUCGAUUUCAGUGUUUCAAGUCAGCCUGGAUGUCAACUGUUUUACAUAAAGGAUUAAAAUUUCCACACAGUUAUAAGAUGUUGAGAUCAGUUCACCAGAUUAAUCAGCGAGAAGUACAGUGGACACUGGGAGCUCUUCUGCACCGCACUCGAUACCUUCCACUUAGGGAGAUGAAUAGUUUUGAAAAUCAACACAGUCCACCACCUUGGAUAAAGAAAACUAGAUUUGUAGACAAUGAAUAUGUGAUAGUUGUGUGUUUUGUGAUUGUUUUUGUGGCAAUUUUGUUAUAUUUGAAACAUUUAAAGAUCUGCCAAAGUAAGAAAAUAGAAAAGUUACAUCAUGUUCCAUCCAUGUCAUAUUUCAUGGUUGAGGAGGACCAGAUUGAACAAGGACUUAAUUAUGUCAUGAUCAGCAAAGCAGAUUUAGAGCAAUGAUUGUUACCAUGGUUACACUGUAUUCUAUUUAUAGUAUAUGUCUCAGACUGUCUGUUCUGCACAUAUAUUUAUUAUUAAUCGACUUCUAAUACAUACCUUAUUUAAAAUAGAAAUAUAUAUUUACAUUUCCAGUUUUGAUAUUAUAAUAAAAACCAUGCCAGUAAAGUUGGAGAUUAUACC